AUGUCUAACGUUGCAGUGAAUACUAUUAAUUCGUUAAAUCCUCCAAACCCCCAAUCUUCUAUUCAAGAAGAAAGGGCUAAAAAUGCUUUUGAUCCAUCAAUGCACGAAUUCAUUGAAGGUGGUGAACAGAAAUCGGAUUUGAUUUUGGAUUUAUACCAAUCGUUAGAGAGAGAUCCAGUUUUGCAGAGUAAUUUCAAAGAUUAUGAUUUAAGUACGCAUGCCAAUAGGCUACAAACGACUGAGCGUAUUAAUCGAAUGACUAGGUAUAAAGAACAAGAGGUUGAUUCUGAAUUUUUCAGAAGAUUGAAUUUGGUUACUGUAUAUGAUCCUUCUUUAGGUAUUAGGAUUAGUGUAAAUUUAGGGUUAUUUGGUAAUUGUAUCAAGGGUAAUGGAACCGAUUCUCAGUACAAAUAUUGGUGUAUUGAUAAAGAAUCUCAUAAUAUGAAACAUCUUUGGGGUUGUUUUGGUAUGACCGAGUUGGGUCAUGGUUCAAACGUUGCUGGUUGCGAAACAACUGCUACUUUUGAUGAAAAAACUGAUGAGUUCAUUAUAAAUACUCCUCAUAUUGGUGCUACUAAAUGGUGGAUUGGUGGUGCUGCACAUUCUGCUACUCACUCGGUAGUCUAUGCUAGAUUGAUUGUCAAAGGUAAAGAUUAUGGGGUAAAAACAUUUAUUGUUCCUUUGAGAGAUUCAAAUCAUGAGUUAUUACCAGGAGUAUCAAUUGGUGAUAUUGGUGCUAAAAUGGGACGUGAAGGGGUCGAUAAUGGCUGGAUUCAAUUUUCAAAAGUACGUAUUCCAAGAUUUUUCAUGUUGCAAAAAUUCUGUAAAGUUGAUCGUGAUGGUAAGGUUUCAUUACCUCCUUUAGAACAAUUGAGUUAUAUUAGUUUAUUAGGAGGUAGAGUCGCAAUGGCUACUGAUUCUUAUAGAAUAUGUGCUAGAUUCAUUACAAUUGCUUUACGUUAUUCGGUUGGGCGUUUACAAUUUAAAAAGAAUUUAAAAGAUUUAACUGAAUGUCAAUUAAUUGAUUAUAACUUACACCAGAAAAGAUUGUUGCCUUAUUUGGCUUUAACCUAUGCUCUGGCUCUAGGCACUGAUAGAUUAGAAAACCAACAUUCAAAAGUUUUGGAAGAUUUAGACCAUGCUAUUGAAUCAAAAGAUAUGGAUGCAAUUAAACAAGGUCUUAAUGAAACAAAGUCGUUAUUCAUCGACUCUGGUUCUUUGAAAUCAACAUUAACUUGGUUGGCUGCUGACUGCAUUGCCGAAACAAGACAAUCUUGUGGUGGUCAUGGUUAUUCAAGUUAUAACGGGUUUGGUAAAAGUUAUGAUGAUUGGGUUGUCCAAUGCACUUGGGAGGGUGAUAAUAAUGUUUUGGCAAUGUCUGCCGGUAAAUCAAUUAUUAAAAAUGUCAAUGACAUUUUGAAUAAAAAUAAAAAAAUUGAUGGUUCUUUGAAAUUUCUUAAUAAUUCAGUUAGUAAUUCGAAUAAUGAAAUCAUUCUUGGAAAAGAAGAUGAAUUGAAUGAUCCGGUAAUCAUAUUGAAAUCUCUUGAAUCAUUGAUUUCUCGUAUUUCCAUCCAUUGUUUAGAAGCUUUGAAAACAAAUAAUUCUGAUUGGGAUUCAAUUAGUCAUGAAAGAGUUAUUCUUUCUAAACUUAGAUGUCAUCAUUAUCUUUUGGAAACUUUCAUUCAAAGAUUAAAUUCUAACAAAGAUGAAAAAUUAAAUCAACAUUUACAAAAUUUAGUUCACCUUUAUUGUUAUUCGAGUAUCUUCAAUGAUUUUGCCGGUCAAUUUAUUGCUUUUAACAUCUUAGCACCAAAAUUAAAAUUAUUAAUUACUUCUCGUUUAAUUGGUAAUACCUGCUCUAAAUUACGUCCUUAUGUCGUUGCAUUAACUGACUCUUUUCAACAACCUGAUAAUUUACUCCAUUCAGCUAUUGGGAACUACGACGGUAAUAUUUAUGAAAAUUAUUUCGAUGUGGUCAACAAGACCAAUCCGCCUAAUAUCACCAAGGCUCCUUAUUCAAAGAACCUCGAAGACUUUCUCAACAGAGAUUCUUUGGAAGUUCGCCAAAGAUUUGAAAAAGGUGAAGAAGUUUCUAAAAUUUUAUCAAAGUAA